UCUCUUUUCGUGUGAUCUUCGGUCGUGUUGGCUGCACUUAAAACUUUCUGAACGUCAUCAAUUAAAUGUUCAAGGUUCAGGAAAAAUACGAAUUUUAGAUGGAGAAAUUACCAAAGAAUUCUUGAAAAUUAGCAAAAUAGAAAAAUGUCACAAAAUCCUAAUUUAUCGCAGCCUUUUAUGUACCAGAAUGCUUAUUCUCCUAAUAAUGGUCAACCUCCUACAUCCUUAAAUCCUAAUCCAAUGAAUGGACCACCAUCUCAGAAUACACAAAAGUUCUCCCCUGGAAAUUUAGGUGUGUCACCUGCAAGAAUACCUCAGCCUAUUCCACCCCAAGGCAUGUCACCUUAUACUGCUCAAAAUUACUAUGCCUCUAAUUAUUCUAGACCUCCGUCGUCAACUGAACCACCUAUGAAACCUCUUCAAAAUUUAGUUCCGCCGCCUGGUGGGACAAACCUUUCACAAAGUGCUAGUCCAAAGAACUUAGCUUCUCCAUUUCCAGUGGAAAAGCAGAAUUCUCCUUAUCAAAAUGGACCUUUUUCACCCUUUAACAAUUCUAAUUCUGAACAGAACUUGAAUGGUGCUGAUCCUUCACAAGUGAAUGGUAUUGGUGCCACAAAUCGUUUGAUGCAACCAAAUCAGAAUAUGCCACCCUUGAGUCCUUGGGCCCAGCCACCAAGGAUGCCACUGACCCCAGGUCAGCCUAAUCAGAAACUUUCAGGUGAAGGAAUGCCUCCUCCACCUACAAGUGUACCUCCACAAUCUCUUGCUGUUGAUGGCAAGGCUGUGCCUACGUUAUCACAGGUGCCUUCUUCCUCAGGCUUACCUAUGCCAUUUGGCAAUCAAGCCACCAAUUCUUCUAGCCCUCAAGUGACACCUGGUACCUCUCAGCCUCCCUCUGCCCGAUCCUCGCGAAAUCCUUCUCCAAUUGCUUCUCAACGUUAUGACUACAUGGAAGGACAGUUUUCAAAUAAACCUAGUCCAUCAAAUUCUUCACUGAAUUUACCUAGUAUAGGUGCCAGUUCAAAUUCUGGAAUGCCUCCUCCAAACCAGAGAAAUUUGAGUGAUUCUAGACAAUUUACAUCACCUCAGGCAUCAAAUCUAUAUCCUCCUAAUAUGCCUUAUCCACCCAACAGUACUCCAGGGAGCUUGCAGCCUGGACCACCUCCUGUUGGGUCACAAUCAACUCCUGUCAGACCACGUUAUCCACAGCAGGUUGGAUAUAAUCAAUCAGCUUCUCCAUAUGCUAGUCUUGGUCAACCAAAUAAUAUGCAGCCACCACCUGUAUCUGGUUAUAAUAGUUCUCCACAACUGCCACCCACUUCGGCAUUCAACAGUUCUCCUCAUCUGCCUCCUACUUCAGCAUACAACAGCUCCCCACAGCCACCUCCUGCUCCUACCUGUAAUAGUUCACAGCCGCCGUAUUCACAACAGCAACAGCCCCCUGGACCAUUAUAUCAGGGUGGGCUGCCGGAAGGUCCUGUUGGUGGAGUAGCUGGAUAUGAUCCACAGUUGCAUGCUAAAAUGGCUGGACUUAGUGUUCAUAGCAGUUUUUCUCGGUUAUGGGGAAAUGAUAGCUUAAAUUUGCUUCAAGACCGUAACAUACUACCACCAGUACCUAUAGAAGCUCCAAAACCAGUUUUAACUCCAGAGCGUCCAAAUUGUAGUCCUGAUGUGUUUAGAUGUACUUUGACUAAAGUUCCAGAUACCAAUUCUCUCCUUCAAAAAUCCAGAUUGCCUUUUGGUAUUCUAAUACAUCCAUUUAGAGAUGCUGCUGCAAGUUCCUUUUCAUUGCAGUCAUUGUCAGUUAUUCAAUGCAAUACUAUAGUAAGGUGUAGAAAUUGUAGGACAUACAUAAAUCCAUUUGUCACAUUUGUGGAUCAGAGAAGAUGGAAAUGCAAUUUAUGUUUUAGAGUGAAUGAUUUACCUGAAGAAUUUCUAUAUGAUCCUGCAACAAGAUCAUAUGGUGAUCCUGCACGUAGACCAGAAAUAAAAAAUGCUACAAUUGAAUUUAUAGCUCCUUCAGAUUACAUGCUUAGACCUCCUCAGCCAGCUGUAUAUUUGUUCUUGUUGGAUGUUUCACAUGGAGCGAUAGAAACAGGGUAUUUGGAAAAUUUCUGUAAAGUAAUGCUAGAAAACCUAGAUGAACUCCCAGGAGACAGUAGGAUGCGAAUUGGUUUCAUAACAUAUGAUGGCAGUAUUCACUUUUAUAACUUGGGUGAAGGCUUAAAUCAGCCGCAUAUGUUGGUGGUGUCUGACAUAGAAGAUGUUUUUCUCCCAUCACCUGAUAAUCUAUUAGUUAAUGUUCAUGAAAGUAAAUCUUUGAUCAGUGAUUUGCUGACAGAUCUUCCAAAAAGGUUUGCAAGUAAUGGAGACAUAAACUGUUGCCUUGGUGCUGCCUUGCAAGCAGCAUAUAAAUUAAUGUCUCCUGUUGGUGGUCGAGUGACUGUUGUUCUGACAACUUUGCCUAAUUAUGGUCCAGGAGCUUUGAAGAAUAGAGAAGAUCCUAACCAAAGAGCUGGAAAGGAUAUAUCUAAUAUUGGGCCUGCUAAUGACUUCUAUAAAAAGCUUGCAUUAGAUUGUUCUGGACAACAGAUUGCUGUAGAUUUGUUUUUACUUUGUUCACAAUAUGUUGAUAUUGCAACAGUCAGCUGUAUAUCAAAAUAUUCUUCUGGAGGUGUCCAUUAUUAUCCUGGAUAUCAUCGAACAGUAGGCAGACUACAAGUUAACAAAUUUGCUGGUGAUUUAAAAAGAUAUCUUACAAGGAGAAUAGGAUUUGAGGCAGUGAUGCGUGUAAGAUGCACCAGAGGUUUGGCUAUUCAUACUUUCCAUGGAAACUUUUUUGUUCGAUCUACCGACCUCUUAUCUCUACCCAACGUUAAUCCAGAUACUGGUUAUGGUAUGCAGAUCGCUAUAGAGGAAAAUUUGACAGAGUACAAUUCGGUUUGUUUCCAGGCUGCUGUUCUUUACACAUCUAGCAAUGGUGAAAGACGCAUUCGAGUGCAUACAUUAUGCCUCCCUGUUGUAUCAAUUGUGACAGAUGUGUUAGGAGGAGCUGAUCAAGAAACAAUAAUUGGUUUAGUGUCCAAGAUGGCUGUGGAUCGUAGUGUCACGUCCUCUCUAAGCGAUGCUAGAGAUGCCUUGAUCAAUGUCUGUGUUGACGUUUUGGGUGUAUACAAAGCAACCAUGUCUGGUCAAGUGGCUGGAGCUCUCAUGUCACCAUAUUCCUUACGGCUCCUGCCACUGUUUAUCCUAGCCUUAUUAAAACAUAUGGCCUUUAGAACAGGUGUGAGUACCAAACUGGAUGAGCGAGUAUAUGCAAUGGAACGAAUGAAAGCAUUGCCCCUUCAGUAUUUGAUGAAAUUUAUUUAUCCUACUUUAUAUCCAGUGCAUGCAUUGGAUGAUAAGAAUGCAAUUCAUCAAGAUGAUGAUGUAGUAAUUCCCCAGCCUUCUAUUUUGCAAUUGUCAAGUGAAAAGAUUGAUCGUCAUGGAGCUUACAUACUGGACACAUUAGAUGUCUUGUAUCUAUACAUUGGGCGUGCUAUAAAUGAUCAAUUCUGCACAAGCGUGUUCAAUGUACCAAACUUUAGUGCCAUUCCAGAAGACUUGGAAUCUUUACCUGAAUUAGCAACUCCUGAAUCUGAAAGGCUGAGAACAUUUGUUACAUGGUUACAAGAUCAAAGGCCAUAUCACAGUCCGUUAAAAAUAAUAAGGGAGGAUAGCCGAGAUCGACACAUUUUCAUGCAGUACAUGCUUGACGAUAGGACAGAAUCUUUAUUUUCCUACUAUGAGUUCCUGCAGCAUAUACGGCAGCAGAUUUCCAAGUGAAAGAUGCUAGACAAAUUUAUAAUCAAUGUUUUUUAAAAGCAAAUUUAUGGCAGCCUAGGAUAAUUGAGGAGGUGACGUUUCUCAGAGGACCAAGUUAUUAAAUGAUAUCAAAUAAAUUUACAAAUCUGCAUUGUCUGAGUGAAAGUUUCUUCAAGCAUAUAUGAAAAUGAGUGAUCGAAACCAGCAACUGCAUCUUGUGGCAGUGGUAUCCGAAGCAGGCCUCAGGUCGCCAUUGAUUCAGAUUAUUUUAUAUUUUUUCUUGUCUUGUUGACGUUUUAAAUAUAUUAAUUAUAGUUUAUCAUCAGUUCUGCUCAGAGCCAAAUAACAAGUCUGACUGUGAUUGGAUGUGAGAUUGUGUUUUUUAAUAUAAAUCAAUUCACCUGAUCUUUUUCUCUGCAGCAGAGAAAUUAUUAACGUCUAAUAGAAUUUUAGAAAUAUAAAGAAAGGAUUGUUAUAUUGUAUAUCAGUUAUUUCUAUGUUCAUGGAAAGCAGUAAAAGUGUAUGAAACUUUGGUUGGUGUACAUAAAAGUACUUUAAUAUAAAAGGCAAUAUAAGUUAUGGUAUCUCAUCCAUAAUACCACAUGGAAUUUUGUACUUGAUAUUAUAAACUCAGCCAAAUUAGAGACAAUUUCGACAAAAAUUAUUUUGUAUCUGUGAUUUCAGCUCAUGUAACCUUACAGGAAUUUUCUGUAGCUCUAAACAUGUUGCUAUGGCCACUUGUAAUUUGUUUCAUAAGAAAUGGCAAUUUUAGCCUGGUUAAAGUUAAGGAUUUGCACAGCUGCACUGUAUAAGAGUAAAGUAUUUAAAAGUAAUUUAAUUUUUAAAAUAUCCAAUUUUUAAAAUAUGCUUAUAGAAAGUCUGUUUACUCCUAAUAUUUCAGUGAUUUCAGGAAAUGUCGCGUUGUAAUAAAAUGUUAUGGCAAGGAAUUUUCUCCUUGGUUUGUUAUUGAUAUGCAACUGUGUUGCACAAAGAAAUAUGAAAUAUAAGUUGCCUUGUGUUUGCUUUUUAAAUUUAUGUAAGUAUUAAAUAAUAAAAAGGUGAUUGGUCAUGCUUUGUUUUUUAGUAUUUAUUUUUAUGCAGAUAUCUCUUUGUUUUAAAAUUAUUUAAUGUGUGAAUUCUUUUAUAGAUUUAAUUGGAAAUUCUCUUAAAUUAAUCCAUGUGUCUGUUAUUCUUGAAAACAUUGGAUAUUUUUUGUUCUACUGAUUUUGUAUGUUACUUAUAAAUAAAUCACUUUAAGUGCA